AUGGGUGUCAAUUUAAACGUGGAUUGUUACGUGGAUACUGCUAUUAUUGUAGUUUCAGGUACGUGGAGGAUUCGUUGCGUUAUGGGUAGCCGUUCUUGUGAUUGUCUUAUUGCUGUCCCUAUGGGUAACCAGGGUUCAAUUCUAGGUGUUGAAGUUGAUCUUCCUACAAAAUCUUAUGUUACUGAACUGAUUGGAGAACAACAAAGUAGGGGCAUUGGAAAGAUAGCAAGACCAGAAGAUGGAGGAUUUUUGAAGCCUCAUAUAUUUACUUUAACGAUACCGCAGAUCGAUGGUGGUACUAAUAUUUCGAUUAAGAUUCGUUGGUCUCAGAUGUUGUCGUAUAAGGCGGGCCGGUUUUCGUUGACUGUACCGUUUUGUUUUCCGGAGUAUGUUACCCCUGCUAUAAAGAAAAUUUCGAAGAAGGAAAAGAUAGAAUUGAAUGUGAACUCUAGUGUAGCAAAUGGAAUCUUGUGCAAGGCAACUAGUCAUCCUUUGAAGGAAAUAAGACGGCAUGAAGGGAAGUUCAGUUUCUUAUAUGAAGCUGAAAUUUUCAAAUGGUCGAAUACUGACUUCCGCUUCUCAUAUAGUGUUUCUUCCGGUAACAUAUUUGGAGGCAUACUUUUGCAGUCUCUAUAUGAUUACGACCAAAGGGAUAUGUUCUGUAUUUAUCUUUUCCCUGGAAGUGAGCAGAAUAGGAAGGUGUUCAAAAAGGAAGUCGUAUUUGUUGUUGAUAUAAGUGAAAGCAUGCAAGGGAGACCACUCGAGAGUACCAAGAGUGCAAUAUCUGCAGCCCUUUCUAAGCUCAGUCCAGAAGAUUCGUUUAACAUUAUAGCUUUUAGUAAUGAGGCUUUUCAAUUUUCAGCAUCCAUGGAGUUGGCUUCGAAGGACGCGAUUGAAAGGGCCACUGUUUGGAUUAGUAUGAAAUAUACCGUGGGGGGCAGUACAAAUUUGUUUAUUCCACUGGAAAAGGCGGCUGACAUGCUAUCAAACACUCGAGGUUCAAUUCCUAUGAUUUUUCUUGUUACUGAUGGGUCUGUCGAAGAUGAGAGAAACAUUUGUCACUGGAUGCAAAAGCGUUUAACAAAUCAAGGAGUGUUAUGUCCAUCCAUCCAUACUUUCGGCAUAGAUUCAUUCUGUAAUCAUUAUUUCCUGCGCAUGCUUGCCAUGAUUGGCCAGGGGGAAUAUGGUGCUGCUUUCGAUUUAGAUUCUGUUAAGGUUCAGAUGAAUAAAUUAUUUAGCAAAGGUUUAUCUACUGUUCUCGCAAACAUCACCAUUGAUGCAUUUGAUGAUUGUGAAGAAAUAGAGGUGUACUCUUCACGGAUUCCUGACCUUUCACUUGAAAGUCCAUUGACCAUAUACGGGAGGUACGAGGGCAGUUUUCCCGACAACCUUAAAGUUAAAGGUAUAUUAGGUGAUUUGAGUAGCUUUACAAUGGACUUGAAGAUACGGAGGGCUAAGGAUAUACCUCUUGACAGCGUGUUAGCAAGACGGCAGAUUGAUCUGCUAACAACUCAGGCUUGGUUUUCAGAAAAUAAACGGCUCGAGGAGAAGGUUGCAAAGUUGAGCAUACAGACUUGCAACAUCUCCGAGUAUACCCGAAUGACCCUUCUCGAGAAAAAUAAAAUGCUCAAAGCCCUGAAACAUUUUGGAGCUUGGAAGAAGAAAGGUGAUCCACAGAAAAUCGUGGAAUCCGAACCGCCCGAAAUGAUACUGCUUCAAAGACUUUCAGUUGGCUUCGGUGACCUGAUUGCAACUGCCGAAAACAUUCGUCCUGGAUCUCAAGAACCAGAAUUGCCCGAAGUUGCCAAGAUAUUUAUUAAGACAACCUCGAAUUACUUCGGUGGGAUACGUAAUCGAUGGUGUUGCAUGGGCUGCAUCCGGUGUUGUUCGAAGAUGAAUAAUCAAUGUGCCACCACGCUAACACAGCUAUGA